CACCUCGGGCUGGGUGGAGUGGCGUUUGGCUCACCGCGCGGCCGCCGGCCACCAUGCUCAAGCGCUGCGGCCGGCGCCUGCUGUUGGCGCUGGCAGGCGCAUUGCUCGCCUGUCUCCUGGUGCUCACCGCCGAUCCGCCGCCGCCCCCGGUCCCGGCCGAGCGAGGCCGGCGCGCCCUGCGCAGCUUGGCAGGUCCCGCGGGGGUGGCCCCGGUGCGGGGACUCGGGGCGGCGGCGGUGGCGGUGGCGGCACCCGGAGCGCUUGCCCGCGAGGUGCACAGUCUGUCUGAGUACUUCAGCCUGCUGACCCGCUCUCGCAGGGAUGCGGGCCCGCCACUCGGGGGCGCCCCCCGCCCCUCGGAUGGACACCCGAGGCCCCCGGUUGAGCCCCUGGCGCCCCGAGACGUCUUCAUCGCGGUCAAGACCACCAGGAAGUUUCACCGCGCGCGCCUCGACCUGCUGCUGGAGACUUGGAUCUCGCGCCACAAGGAGAUGACAUUCAUUUUCACCGAUGGGGACGACGAGGUGUUGGCCAGGCACACGGGCAACGUGGUCAAUACCAACUGCUCAGCAGCCCAUAGUCGCCAGGCCCUGUCCUGCAAGAUGGCCGUGGAGUAUGACCGCUUCAUUGAGUCGGGGAGGAAGUGGUUCUGCCACGUGGACGAUGACAACUACGUCAACCUACAGGCCCUGCUGCGGCUGCUGGCCAGCUACCGGCACAGCCAGGACGUGUACCUCGGGAAGCCCAGCCUGGACCGGCCCAUCCAGGCCACGGAGCGGGUCAGCGAGAACACGGUGCGUCCUGUCCACUUCUGGUUUGCCACCGGUGGGGCUGGCUUCUGCAUCAGCCGAGGGCUGGCUCUGAAGAUGAGCCCGUGGGCCAGCAGGGGUCACUUUAUGAGCACCGCGGAGAGGAUCCGGCUCCCGGAUGACUGUACCAUUGGCUACAUUGUGGAGACCCUGCUGGGCGUCCCCCUCAUCCGCAGUGGCCUGUUUCACUCGCACCUGGAGAACCUGCAGCAGGUGCCCACUUCUGAGCUCCAUGAGCAGGUGACCCUGAGCUACGGUACGUUUGAAAAUAAGCAGAACACCGUGCACGUGAAGGGGCCCUUCUCAGUGGAUGCUGAUCCGUCCAGGUUCCGUUCUGUGCACUGCAAUCUGUACCCGGACACGCCAUGGUGUCCCCACACUGCACACUAGCAGCCGUGCCUGAGAUCCCGUCCCUGGGCGCCCCUGGUAUCCAAAGGGCCCAGAGACCCCGUUGUCCAGCCUGGCCUCUACGUUCGAGGCUCCCGGGGCUGCAUGUGGCGCGUGCACCACCGUGUCGCCGGCUGCUCGGUGAGGAGCGGCAGAAAUCACUCGCCUCCCGCGCUCUGCCGGCUCUUUUGGGGCUCAGGCCUCCGUCGCUGAGCCGGCUGUGGGCGGGGGGGACCCGGGCCUGGAGGCCUGGCCCCGCUGGGCGCCCCCGGUCCAGCCGUGCUGGGGGGGGGUGGCCGAGCCUCGUGUCCCCGGUGGCUCCCAGACAGCGAGCGGGUGGACAGUGCUCCCCUCCCAGCUGUCCUGGGCCCCUCGAGGUCCUGCCUUUGUCUCCCCACGCUCGGGGAGUCGGAGCUGAGCGACUGUCUCCUCUCUAAAGUAGAGAGAAUGUCACCCACAGUGGGCGUGUUGUAAAUAUCGUGACAGUAUUUUCACUGUGCUG